UCGAAAGAAAACGACGGUUGGCCGCAAUGGCUGUUGUUUUGUCCGAAUUGGAUGAUGACGAGUAUUUGUUUCACCGAAAGAGGUCUUGUUGGCAAAAGGACUAUAUCGCCAACAAGCAUCUCGGUAUGCAAAACCACUUGUACCGAGAGGUGUUGGUGAAUGACAUCGAAGAAUACCGGAGGCUGCUUCGAGUGACAAGAGAGCAGUUUCUUCAGUUGCUGUCGCGUGUGGGACCUCGCAUAGGAAGGCAGGACACCGUGAUGCGGCGAGCAAUACCAGCGGAAACAAGGCUACAGGUGACGCUACGAUACCUCGCUUCAGUAUAUGCAGGAGAGAGCCACCACUCUUUGAGUCGACAAUUUCGGCUCGGCCACUCCAGUGUAAAUGAUAUUAUUCACCAAACGUGUACGGUGAUUUAUGAAGAGAUGAAAAAUGACUUCCUGAAAAGGCCAUGCACCGAAGAUGAGUGGAAAGAUGUAAUCGGAGGUUUCAAUCAAAACUGGAAUUUUCCAAACUGCGUUGGAGCCAUGGACGGGAAACAUGUGCUAAUUACGAAGCCAGCGAAUUCUGGAACAGUGUACAGAAAUUACAAGAAGAGCUUCAGCAUUAUACUGUUUGCCGUCGUUCAUGCGAACUACAAGUUUUUGUACACGGAUGUUGGUGCACCCGGCUCACAAGGAGAUGCGGGCGUCUGGCAAACGACGCCGCUACAAGCACGUGUAUCAAACAUGACGGCUGGUCUUCCAGAACUUGUGAAGGUCGCAAGCUCGCCCGAUGUGCUCUUGCCACCCGUGUUCGUUGCAGAUGACGCCUUCCCUAUAGGAAGAAACUUGCUGAAGCCCUAUGGGGGCACUUCCUUAACAGAAGAGAAGACAAUCUUUAAUUACAGGUAAUUUAUGCCUCUAUACUGAAGCGGCACUAUGUGAAAUGUAACGGUGAUAUCGAACGCGUGAUAACUCCGGAAUUGUCGCAAUUAUGAAAUAAUAGAAAGCUUCGAGAUGACCCAGUGUAAUUAAUGCAUUUGCUGGGUUGGGGCAAGCAAACCAGUGGGGACACUUUACACAUUGUAAUAUUUAGUGGUAGUUAAAGCCUGCUGUCAUCUUCUCCAGUGGUGUAACAGAUAUGAAACAUAACGAUUUGUGUUUACAUUGCAGAUUAUACAGGGCUCGGCGUGUCGUUGAGAACGCC